AUGAGAACCGCUUCACUACAUGCUAUCUUCUUCCUCGUCCUCCUCAUAAUCUUCACAUACACUUUCAAGAAACUGCUCCGAAUGUUCCCGCAAUCCACGAUCCUAAACUACGUCGUUUUCCUACUCACCCAGCUAAAAUGGUCUUGGGAUCACCUCCUCCGGCAAUCCUUUUGCCAGUUUCCCGGCGCCGUCACCGGAGCAUCGCCGGAGGUCGGCGGUGUAAGGGUUUUUGAAGGCGGCGGAGCGAAGGAAGCGGUGGAAUGCGCGGUUUGUUUGUGCGGGAUAGAGGAAGGGGAGGAGAUUCGAGACUUGAGGUGUGCCCAUAUUUUCCACCGAGCUUGUUUGGAUAGGUGGCUCGGCACCGGCCGCAUGACGUGCCCGCUCUGCCGCUGCCACGUCAAGGUGGCCGCCGCCGCCGCCGGCGGCGGCGGCGGCUGGGUUCUUAACGAUCUUCAUGAAGAGGCCAUCGUGUUUGAUUUCUUCUCCGAUCACAGAGAUAGAUGCACAUGGUGGUUAAGAUGA